UCCGAUUCCCCGAUUCAUGCUUUGCCCGUCGAUCUUUUCUCUCGCCGUGCCGCACAAUCGAUUCGCACUCCGUCUAAACCUUCAAUCGCUCAAUCCCCUCUGUUAAAUCACGCUCUGCAGCAUCUGCCCAUAGGCCGUUGUCUCAUAAUCGGAGUUCGAUUUUGGAAGUUUCAGUGUUUCGUUGUAUUUAUUGAGUUGGUCGCAAAAUCUUCAUGCUUUAAUCGCUAGCUCUACAUGGAAUACGAUGCGUACGAUAGCAGUGGGACAGAUGACGAUCUUCCUCCAACACAUCAAAAUAGAGGUGGUCGCAUUGCCAGUAAUGGUAGAUCAACAGCAGUAGGUUCUAUCCCUUAUCCAAGGAUGCAUGGAGAAACUGAUAUGGAGACUCUAAUUCGCCAGCUGGAGCAAGAAGCAUACAGUUCAGUUUUAAGAGCCUUUAAAGCUCAAGCUGAUGCUAUUACUUGGGAGAAGGAAGGUUUGAUAACUGAACUUAGAAAGGAGUUGAAAUUGUCAAAUGAAGAACACAGGGAACUUCUUGGCAGAGUAAAUUCUGAUGAGGUCAUCCAAAGAAUAAGGGAGUGGAGACAAUAUGGUGGGAACCAACAAGGAAUACUUAGUACAGGUCCUCAAUCCGGCAUUCAUAGUUAUGGGCAAGCUAUUCACGAUUUGAUCCCCAGCCCUUCUGUCUCUGCUUCUCGGAAGAAACAAAAAGUGGCACCGUCAUUACCAUCUCAUUCUUUUGGUGGACCAUCACCUAGUUUUCACCCAGCAGCAUUAAAUACAUCUAAUCAACCAUCAUCAGUUGCUAAGAGAGGGUCUGUGGUGGGUCCCAAAGGGAAAAAACAAAAAUCUGGUCCAUUACCCUCUGGUGCAACUAAGGGUCAAUAUCCUCCCUCUGGCCUUUCUGGAAGAGAUCAAUCUGGUAAUAUGAUUGCUAGGCCAACUGAUGGAGCUUCAUUGAUUGGAAGGAAACUAAGAACCAGAUGGCCCGAGGACAAUAAUUUCUAUGAUGCUAUCAUAACGGAUUAUGAUGCAGUGAAUGGACUCUAUAGUCUUGUUUAUGACAAUGACACUCCAAAUGAGACUUGGGAAUGGAUAAACCUUUCAGAGAUUUCUCCUGAGGAUAUUAUAUGGGACAAUGGUCCAGGAGGACAAGGCGUAACUAGAGCUUUUGGUCGUGUUAGUGCCCCACCAGGUGUGGGCAGAGGAAGGGGAUUUACUAGAGCUCAGCAUAGAAAGGAUUUUCCAACAUCACAGAAUGGCGUGGCAAAUAGAGGAUCAGAUGACAUUCAUUUACUUCACACCGAUACACUAGUUAAGGAGGUUGAGAGGAUAUUUGGUGCGGGACAUCCUGAUCCUGUUGAAGUUGAGAAAGCCAAAAGAGUGCUAAAGGAGCAUGAGCAAUCACUUAUUGAUGCUAUUUCAAGGCUUGGUGAUAUUUCUGAUGGUGAAAGCGAUGAACAUCAUCAUUUCAUGCAUGGGAACCCAAUGGUGGUGGAGUGACAUUUUACGGUGUUCUUAGGUAGUCAGACCUGUAGUUGAGGAAGAAGCUCUUUCGGUAAUGGCAUUGCUGUUUACAGUGUCAGUGUCAUUUAAAUCGGAUGCUUAUUAGUUGCUGAAUGCCGACUUUGAUCUCUGUGAUUCUUGUAACCUUUGAAAUGUAGGUUAACAUGUAGCUGUGGCUCUGAUUAUUCCUUAUAAUUUGUAUAAAAAAACACAAUAUUAAUAAUGGUUUUAUCCUGUUACAAAUCAUGUACAGAACUUGUGUUG